UGAUGAUGGGAUCAUUAAAGUAGCUGAUUUUGGUCUGUCUGAAGAUAUCUAUGAUCAAAAUUACUUCAGACAAGGAAAGAAUUCAUCAGCAACCAUUAAACUUCCAGUGAAAUGGAUGGCAAUAGAGAGUCUUCACGAUGGACUCUACUCUGAAAAGUCGGAUGUGUGGUCUUAUGGCGUAUUGUGCUGGGAAGUAUUCAGUCUUGGUAGGGUACCUUAUCCUGGUUUAGAUCCAGUAGGAGUAGUGGAGUUACUGGAUGCGGGAGGAAGACUGCAGAUUCCAAAUAAUGAAGCAUGCUCACAAGAAAUUUACUCACUAAUGAUGUCAUGUUGGUCUGAAUCACCUGAUGAUAGGCCAGUGUUCAGUGAUUUGGUAUCAUCAGUCAAUGCACUCAUUAGACCAUUGGCUGACUAUGUAUCUGGACUGCACUAACUUUAAUACAAUAUUUGUCUACAUGCAUCUUUCAUUUUUGUUACAGAAAAUAUAACCUUUUUAAUCAUUUUCCUUAUAGAUCAAGAAUAUGUCUCAU